AUGGCCGACGCCAAAAAGCUCUUCUCCCUCGAGGCCAAGGGCCUCAAACUCGACACGGCCGACGACGUCGAAGCCCACAUCGCCGACCUGCGCGCCAACGACAUCGAGGAGGUCCGACUGCUGGGCAACACGCUGGGCGUUGGCGCAUGCAAGCUCCUGGGUGAGGUGUUGGCUACCAAGAAGAACCUGAGGGUCGCCAACCUCGCCGACAUCUUCACAGGUCGGCUGCUGGCCGAGAUCCCCGAAGCCCUCUCUCACCUCCUCACUUCCAUCCUCAACCUCCCGAAGCUCAACACGAUCAAUCUCAACGACAACGCCUUCGGCCUCAACACGCAGGCACCGCUCGUCGCUUUCCUCGCCGCCCACGUGCCCCUGCAGCACCUCUACCUCAACAACAACGGCCUGGGCCCGCACGCCGGCAUUCUCGUCGCCGACGCCCUGUCAGAGCUGCACGCCAAGAAGGAAGCCGCCCGCAAGGAUGGCCAGGAGGUGCCCGACCUGGAGACGGUCAUCUGCGGGCGCAACCGCCUCGAGAACGGCAGCAUGACGGCGUGGGCCAAGGCCUUCAGCUUGCACAACAAGGUCCAGGAGGUCAAGAUGGUCCAGAACGGCAUCCGCCAGGAGGGCAUCUCGCACCUCAUCAGCGAAGGCCUGAACCACGCCACCCAGCUGAGAGUGCUUGACCUUCAAGACAACACCUUCACCCUCAUAGGAGCCAAGGCCCUCGCCAAGGUUGCCCCGACAUGGACGGUGAUCCGUGAGCUCGGUGUCGGAGACUCGCUGUUGAGCGCAAAGGGUGGUGUGCUUCUGGCCGAUGCCCUGGCUCAGGGCAAGAACCAGAAGCUUGAGACCCUGCGCCUUCAGUACAAUGACAUCACGACGGCCGGCCUUAAGGGUCUCGCUGCUGCCGCCAAGGACGCCCUCCCCGCCCUCAGGAGAAUCGAGCUCAACGGCAACAAGUUCUCCGAGGAAGACGAGUCCAUUGUCAUUCUGCAGGAGCUUCUCGACGAGCGCAAGGAGAGUCUCGCCGGCGACGUCGUCAUCGAGGACGAAUGGGGUGUUGAUAGCCUCAGCGACCUUGAAGACGAGAGCGAAGCUGAAGAGGAGGAGGAGGAAGAGGAGGAGAUUGAGCCCGAGGAGAGAGCCGAGAAGCUCAUCAAGGAGGCCGAGGAGGCCCAAGAGGAGCCCGUUGUCCAGCUCAAGGACAAGGAGGUUGACGAGCUGGCCAAGAAGCUGGAGAAGGCUGAGAUUUAG